AUGCCUGCAAGACCGCCCAUACAUCUCCGGCGUCAUCGCCAUGCUCAAAGUGAGGCGGACCGACAACGCCAGCAGUCGCCCGUGGGAGCCAAGAUUCGGGUGGGCGAUGGCAAUGACGGACACCGGCGAGUCGACACUCCGACCAAUGGGCGGCUACAGAUUGUGGACGACGAGGCCACCCCAAGGCACUUUGCCGUGGUCAAUGUCGGAGCAGGCGGCGUGCUAUACCUCAAGCCAAGUCGCAUGGGCCCAUCCACCGCCGUGAGCCAUGCUCCUGCAACACCACCCGCGACAAUCCUCGAGAGGACAUCCUUUUACGGGGAUCCGCGUGCGAGCAACAUCUCUGGAACAUGGACUCCACGCGGUGACCGAGGCCAGAGUGUGAUUGAACCAAGAGACGGAGACGUCUCUUCGAUGAUUUUUGCACCAGAAGACCUUCGCAGAACAAGAUCGCACUCAUGCUCGACGCGGGGGACAAUCUACAACCCGAAUGAUCUCCACCAUCUUGCGCCGACCGCCGAGGAGAAGCGACGACGACGUAGAAGCUCUACCGACCUGCUUCCCAAGCACUUGCUAGACUUACAAAUUCCACACUAUCGAUUGGGAACCCCGCGAUUCAGCGAUUAUGGUACGGCGUAUCUCCACAACUCCAUUUACACCGUAUCUACCGUGGACGGGGUUCCGUCGUCUAUACUAUCCAAGGAGGAGUACGAGACGUUAUUCCCCGUCCCACCUGGGAACCACGGCAGUCUAGCUCCCAUCUACAUGAAUCCGUCUCGCCCUUAUACGUCGAGUCUCGCCUCCGGAGUCUCGCGGUCUGCUGUUGCGUCAGCACGAACAUCAGUAGCGGGGCCCAUAUCAGCCAGAUUGUUCGAAAAGUUGGAGAGAAACUUGAAUGAUCCUGCAGUCGUGCGCCAUCAUCCAACAAAUGGCAAGAUCGUUGCAGCGACGCCCGCCAGGCUCAUCGCACAGAUUACAUCUCCCGACUUUCUCGAUUACGAACUCCUGGCCGACUUCUUCCUCACGUUCCGCAGCUUCAUGACGUGCCAAGAUGUGCUUGAAUAUCUCUUCGCCCGUAUGCGAUGGGCGUUUGGCGAUGGAAACGACGCCGGCCGGAUUGCCAGAGUUCGGACGUUUGUAGCCCUUCGUCAUUGGAUCCUAAACUACUUCCUCGACGAUUUCAUGAAAAAUGACCUAUUCCGGCAGAGCUUCUGUGAUAUGGUCAACGAUCUGGUGAAGUUUCUACGCGAGCGUCCUGAUCGCGGGAAUGCAGAUAUCAAUAUUGUGGGGGAGUUGAAGAAAUGCUGGCGAAGGACUUGUGCGCUUUACUGGCCUGUGCCCGAUGCAUUGGAGUCGGACCCGGAUGCAGAUAUCGUCCCAGGUGGCCAUCCUCAAGUAGCACCAUCUGCACAAUCCUCCGAUGUCAGCUUGCCUUUGACGAUCCGGCCCACCACCGAGCGCGGCUCCAUAUUCGAGUUGACCACGAUAGAUCUGCCAGACAUGUACGAGCGUCAAUUUGGAGCCUUGAACGACAUCACUACUCCGCAAACGCAACCGAUAGAUGAGAAAGCGCAGGCUUCCCCGGGCCCACGUGAAACGGUCAUUACCAAUCGUACUGCAAGCAUACCCGCAUCUCCCUUGAGCGAGCAGAGCAUGGAGGUUCUAUCUUGCUCUGUUCCAUUUCUGAGAAACAUUCUUCUUCGCCCAACAGCACGAGCACGAGAGAAGGCAGAGAAGCCGGCUGUACCAGCCAUGCCACAGUCAAGGCUUGCAAAAGCUGUCAGGCSAACACAUCAGCACAAAAGAAGCGGCAGCUUUUCUGACGCGUUGCGCGAUAAACGAACGCCACUGUCGUCUCCAAAGGCUGACAACAUCGAGCUGAAAGAUUUGCCGUCGUUUGCCAUCACUGGUGGCCUCGUACGAGGUAUCCUGCUGCAACCCUCACCACCAGAAGUGGACAGCAACAUUCCUGUGACGCCUGGCCCCGAGCUGAAUGAAACACGAUUCGCAGGCACCGAAGGCUAUCUUGGGGAGAGGCACAACCACAUUGGCGUGAAAAAGUUCGUUGGCGAGGUUCGUCGUGCGUUGAGUAGUCGCAAGACGAGUAGCAGCACUUCACCCAACAGGACCCUUCACUCGGCCGGUUCGUCAAGAUCGCGAGGGAAUUCACGAGGUUCUGAUCGCUCUCAGAGAUUAGAACCAAAGCCUCAGCCUGAUUGGCAGCAGCUCGGCGGGCCACCGCGAGUUGACGUUUUGGGUGCAAGGAUUGAAACCUCGUACAAAGGCGCGCGUGAAGAGACACGAUUGUCCAAAAUAGUAUCCAUGCCUAACCCGACUUCCGCACCACCGCAGGAACGACGAGAUGGCUCCCAGUCAUUCCAGACCAACAAGGUGGUUCCACGUAAGAUGCACGAGUCCUACGAACCCGAUUCUAGGGACUUCGCCAGGUUGAACAGCCAUGUAACGACUGGCAGUCGAUCGAUCGUCAUCGUCGACGCCACGGGUGCGCCUGAGCUCCCGGCAAUGCCCACGGACUUGCCAUCGCUUAGUACAAUGUCGUCAGAGAUGGCACCAAUCCCAUUGUUCCGCUGUCGAGAUGAUAAGGGCCUGGGUGUCGACAUGGGGCCCCCUCGGGAGACAGCACACAGCAUGCACAUCGGUUACAUUCGCUCUCCCGACUCUCGAUUCCACGACCUGCCGUCCAAAUCACACAGGUGGAGUGCCAUUGACGAUGGCCGUGCUUCCCUGGUGAGUGGGCCGUCAUCAACAGCACACCCAUCUGCUUUGCAUAUGCCUGCUCUUCCCCCGCAGUUGCGAAGACAGCCAGGCGGGAAAGAUUUGAGGGCUGCCGGCCAUGGAAACAGCAUCAGGACACGACCACACUCUGAAGGCACAAUAUCAAGGUCACUCUCAGCAUCUGUAAUGAUGUCUGAAAGUGAGGGUGGAACCCGCUUGCCAAAUGGUGUACUUCGCAACGAAAAGUCGGUUUCCCUGCUUCAGACACACUCCUCGCAGCCCAUACUCCGCGCGUCAUUCGAAGAGGAGGCCCGGAGAUUGAAAGGAAUACCCGACGAGGAAACGCGUGGCGGUAUCGAGGACGCCCUUCUCAAGUUAGAAGGCAAGAUACCUAGCCCGCCUUUCAGCACUUUUUCGGGCCGAACCAGCAAAGAGAGCCCAGGCGAUGAGAGAAGUAUAUACAGUUCGUCUCCGGCUUUUGAAGAGGGACCAAGUCCAGACUUACCCUACGCAAGUAUCCUCUUAGAGGGAUCGACUCCUGUACUUGAGAACAUCACCAGCCCCAUGACCGAGACGCAGGGUGCCAGCAUAUUUCGUGUGUCAGAGUCGGGUGCACAUUCCGUGGACUCGAAGGUGGCCUACUUGACGCCCUAUGCACCAUUGCGUAAACGGGUUACUGCAUCGUCUUCAGAACUGUCACUUGCUGUUCCCGCAAGAUCCAGCCUGCGCCCAAAAUACGAUCGCUACUCCGCGACCUCGACUCCAGAUUCGUUCUCUUUCAUACAAAAGCCGGCAAGUGUUGUCGACGACGGCUCGAUGAGCCAUUACCCGAGCUUCCGAGCGGGACCAUGGUCUGGCUAUAAUCAAGGAGCAUAUUUGUGGGAUGAUAACGAAACAAUUAGCGAUAUCUCUACGGAAAUCGCAGAUCAGCACGAGGACGAGACGGGCGUUCGAACUUUCUACUAUGAAGACAACGCCAACGAUGGAACAAAGGAGCAUCGCCCAUUCCAGCAAACGACGACUCCGCCCUCAACCGCAGGGGCUGAUGCACAGUCUCCAGAUCGUAGACAGCUGCUCCCGCGGAUUCCUCUACGACGUCCCAAUCAGACUCUCAAGGAGAAGAUUAGCCAUCCGAAGCUGCAAGAGCAAGCCGCGAAUCAGCCAUUCCCCGUCCGUGAGGGGUCUGAAAGUCAACUGAGGGGCCGCAACUCACCCGACUCAAUAGAGAGCGGCUCGCACAUGCCUUUUGUCUUGGCGUUUGAGUCCGAGGUCAUUGCUGAGCAGCUCACAAUCAUCGAGAAAGACGCGCUUGAUGAGGUGGAUUGGAAAGACUUGAUCAGCCUGAACUGGCAACAAAGCCCUUCUCAUGCUCGAAAUUGGGUGGAUUACCUCAACAAAGAGAAUGCCAACGGAAUCGACAUUGUCAUCGCGCGCUUCAACCUGGUCGUCAAAUGGUGUGUCUCCGAAGUCGUCCUCACUGAUCUGCCAAGUGAGCGUGCGAGAACGAUUACCAAAUUCAUUCACAUCGCCAGCCAUUGCCACCGGCUCCACAAUUAUGCAUCCUUGUACCAAAUUACUCUUGCACUCCUAUCCAGCGAUCUCGCUCGCCUCACCAAGACCUGGUCGCUCAUUGCACUAAGGGAGAAGCAAAUGCUAGAGCAGCUCGAACAACUCUGCCGCCCAUUGCGCAACUUCAACAACCUCCGCGCAGAGAUGGAGACAGCUAUGCCUAGCAACGGGAUCAUUCCUUUCAUCGGCCUCUACACCCAUGACUUGAUGUUCAACGCACUCAAGUCUGCCCGCAUCAACUCGCCCGCUCCUGGAAAAGAACCUCUGAUCAACUUUGAACGUUAUCAGACGGCAGCGAACAUCGUAAAGAACCUACUGAGACUUACCGAGGCYAGUUCCAGAUAUACAUUCCAUCCGGAACCCGAGGCACUUAGUCGUUGUCUGUGGAUCGCAGCGUUGGAAGAUUCAGAUAUCGAGGCGCGCAGCAUUGCGCUUGAGAGCGUUUAA